AUUCAUUCUCUCUCUCUCUCUCUCUCUCUCUCUCUAAGUAGUAUCUUCAUACUCAACACGUGGUUUCAUAUUCCUGCCUCGUGUAUACUCAAAUUUUGCCUAUAACAACUCUUCUCCCUGUUUACACGUUUCUCACUCAUUCGCUCACACACUCUCUUUCUCAAUCAUGGAGAAACUAAAAGAAACAUGCCAAACUUGUGGAGAUGAAGAGAGAAUAAGUGAGGAAAUGGAAGAACUACUCAAAACCCUUCCCAUGGAGAAACUCCCAGAAGGUAUAGAUCUCUAUUUCUAUGAAGGGCAUUGGUAUCCAUCUAUGUUCAUCCAUUGCAUCAUCCCAUUUCAGCAACAGUUCAAAGCACAAGACACUGAUCUGAUACUAGUCAGCUUCCCAAAAUCAGGCACAACAUGGUUGAAAGCUCUGGCAUUCGCCAUAGCAAAUCUUAACAACUACCCUCUCAACGAAAGCCCAUUGCUGGCCACCAACCCUCACGUCCUCGUCCCUUUCCUCAGCGAUGCCUUCUACGGCAAGAACCCAUUCCUCAAGCUUGAAGACUUUCCUAGCCCUAGAAUCUUAGCAACCCAUGUGCCACACUCUGCUUUGCCUACUUCCAUUAAGGACUCUGAUUGCCGCGUUGUCUAUCUCUGUCGAAACCCUCUAGAUCAGUUCAUCUCAUUCAGCCACUUUGCUUGUAAGCUUUCAAAUAGACCUUUCGAUCCAAGCUUCAUAGAGGAAAGUUUCGACAUGUUCUGUCGUGGUGUGUCCGCAUAUGGGCCAUUCUGGGAUCAUGUGUUGGAGUACUGGAAGGCAAGCCGAGAGAGACCAGGCAAGGUGUUGUUUUUGAAAUACGAAGAUAUGAAAGAAGACCCCAUUUCUCACCUGAAAGUGUUGGCUAAGUUCAUGGGUUUACCUUUCUCUGUGGAAGAAGAGAGCCAAGGGGUGAUUGAGGAAGUAUUAAAGUUGUGUAGUUUUGACAACUUGAAAGAUUUGGAGGUGAACAAGAAUGAAAAAAAUAGAAUGGGACAUCCGUAUAGUGUUUUCUUUAGGAAAGGUGAGGUAGGAGACUGGGCAAAUUAUCUUACUCCUUCCAUGGUUGAACGCAUGAACAAGCUCAUGGAAGAAAAAUUUGCUGGCUCUGGUCUGGAUUUCAAGUUCUCUUAAAUAUUUGAGUUGUUUCAUAAUGUUGGAUGAUUACUUUCUAUUUAGUAUAAUUUAUUUACUAUCCCUUGUAAUUUCGUUUGUUUAAUGCAAUAAUGACCUAAAGUCUUUGGAGACUUCAAGUUGAACA